UCACACUCGGACACAGACUAAUGUAACCGGAGGCGCGCACGUACAUCAACACAUUUACAAGCAAGCCACACGUUUACCAAAGUACCGAAAAGCUUAGUCGUAUAGUCGAGUUUUUCUUUUUCUGCUAGCAAGUACAACUUUAUCCCACAAAGGAAGAACUAAGGACACUUCCAAAACUUGGAAAUGGUGAUGAAGGAGCUAACUAUGCUGUCUGCCCUCUCUGGGCUGGAGUGGUUUUGACAAGCGCUGUUCUGGACGCCUCGUGAGAGUAGGUCUGGAUAGACAAAGCCUCUGAACAAACACACUUUGAUCAAGCAGAGGGAAUUGAGUAAGAAACAAUAAAAACUUUUUACGAAAAGAACACUAUACGUUGAACUUGUUUUCGCCCCUUUGAGAACAUUAACUGUCAAAUUGCCAACAUGCCGAGUUCUUCGAUCCGACGGCAAGUGAAAAACAUAGUGAAUAACUACUCGGAGGCGGAGAAGAAGGUGCGGGAGGCCACCUCCAACGACUCGUGGGGACCCUCCAGCUCGCUGAUGUCGGAGAUCGCCGACCUCACCUACAACGUGGUGGCCUUCUCCGAGAUCAUGAGCAUGAUCUGGAAGAGGCUCAACGACCACGGCAAGAACUGGCGGCACGUAUACAAGGCGCUGACGCUGCUGGACUACCUGAUCAAGACCGGCUCGGAGCGCGUGGCGCUGCAGUGCAAGGAGAACAUCUUCGCCAUCCAGACGCUCAAGGACUUCCAGUACAUCGACCGCGACGGCAAGGACCAGGGCAUCAACGUGCGCGAGAAGUCCAAGCAGCUGGUGGCGCUGCUGAAGGACGACGAGCGGCUCAAGGCCGAGCGCUCGCAGGCCCUCAAGACCAAGGAGCGCAUGGCGCAGGUGGCCACCGCCGUCGGCAGCAACAACCACAUCAGCUUCGGCCGCGGCUCCAGCCAGCCCAACCUCUCCACCAGCUACUCGGAGGAGUAUGGCAGGUCCGGGGGCUCCCCCGCCUCCUACCACGGAUCCACGUCUCCGCACACAUCCUCGGAGCUGGAGCAGGCCCGGCCCCAGACCAGCGGGGAGGAGGAGCUGCAGUUACAGCUGGCCCUGGCCAUGAGCCGAGAGGCCGCCGAGCAGGAGGAGAGGAUGCGCCGCGGGGAUGACCUCCGGCUCCAGAUGGCCAUUGAGGAGAGUCGGAAAGGUUCCACCCCGGUGAAAGCGGCUAAGACGAUAAAAGAGACAGCCCUAAUGGACUUGAUGGACACAGUACCUGAAUGCCCAGUGGAUCAGGUGUCAGAUCCAUGGGGAGCAGCAGCAGCGGCAGUGGCAGCACCAGACCCCUGGCAGCUACACACCUCAAAGCCAGCUCUGCCUGUGGAUCCAUGGAGGCCGUCCUCAGCCUCAGCCACACCCAUGAAAAGUGCCGAGCUGUGGGGGCCCCCUGCUGGCGCCGACCCUGUGGCGCGCACAGCCCAUGACCCCUGGGCCCCUGUAUGUGACACCCGCCCCAAGACCUCUGACACUGGUGACUUUGAUCCCUUUAGUUCACUGAAUGGUACUUCCAAGGAUGACUUCUCAGAGUUUGACAGCCUUCGGUCUUCUUCCACUAUGACAGGAGAGGCUAAAGGAAGCUCCACCUUGCCAUCGCGGCCCAGCGCCUCUGUGAGCCCUGACUUGUUAGACCUGCACCAGAGCAGCUCCGGCCUGAACGGCACAGCUAGCGCAUCCAGAAAAACCCCAGAGUCCUUCCUGGGCCCUAACGCUGCACUGGUGAACCUGGACUCUCUGAUCAGCAAGCCACCGCAACCCGCUCCUGCCUCUAACCCCUUCCUAUCAGCUGGCGCUGCUCCUCCACCCUCAGCUCAGAUCAAUCCUUUCCAGGUGAGCCAGCCGCAGCCUCCCACCCUCAACCAGAUGAGGGUGAACCCCAUGACGGGCUUCGGCGGCGCGCCCCCUGUGGGCGUGGACCCCCUCUCCCUCCCGUCGGUGCCACCCCCCGGCCCCGUGGCCAUGAUGCCCGUGCCUGGCGUGGCCGCCCUGGCGCCUGUGGGCGUGAUGGUGCACGGCGUGGGUGUGGGCAUCCCGGCUCACAUGGUUGUGCCGCAGCCCCUCGUGAGCGCGGCGCUGCCCCCCGCAGCCACCGCCGCGCAGACCGGCAGCACGACCAACCCUUUCCUCCUGUGAAGAAGCGCGACCGCGCUAACCGAGAGACGACAAACCCUUACAUAAGCUGACAGUAUGGCGGCCUUUCGUAUUUUUCAGAUUGGUGUGCUAUUUUACUAAGACUUUUUGGAGUAGCUGCAGUGUUUACAGUUUUUAAUUGGCAGACGUGCUCUCUGCCUACUGAUGGUAGGUACCCUGCUGUGAUUGGCAUUUUUCCCUCAUUUUCCGAAAAUCAAUUUGGUCCUUUUUCUGUGCUGCAAGCGUAAC